AUGAGUCAAAAAUAAUCAAUUUCUCGCUCUCGUUCUCGUUCAAAAACUCCUAUUAAAAAUGAAGCAAAAACUUCAGUUUAAAAAUCUGUUGAAAAAGAAUCAGCUUAAAAAUCACCUGCUAAAAUUGUAGAAAGCAAAGCCAAGUCAGUAACACCCGAAGGAAAACAGCCAGUAAAUACAGAAAAACUCAUUAAAAAAAAAGCUGCAAAACCUAAAAAAGCUCCUGUCAAAAAGAAAGGAGGAAGAAGAAAAUAAAAAUGA